AUGCAGCUUCCGAUUGCAAGGAUCAACAGCACAAACUACCGGCGUAUAUUGGAGGAGGUCAGAUUGUCCGAGGACAAAGAAAGGGCCAUCGAGGACAUAAAGAAUGUUGUACUCUUGAUGCCACACAAAUCCUCUAUUGCAGCUAAUCUCAUAUCCGAUCUGAUAAAGGAUGAUGGAGACUUUAGGAGUGGAAUAGUAAAGAUGGUUGACGAAAUAUUAGCAUGUGGGGAUGGAUGUAUGUUAAUAUCGGCAUCUUUCACCUUGAAAAAACUGGGUGUUGGGGGAAUGGAGAGUCUUUGGUGGACCAAAGAAAUUCCUACAGUUAGUCCUCUUCUUGAGUCGGUGAACUUCAAAGUGCCUCCAGAUUCCUUGAAUGAAUGCAAGGAGGAAGCUGAGAAAGUACUUAGAAUUACUGAUGAAAAAAACUUUGAAGAAGUAUUCUGUGUGUCACAAGCUAUAAGAAACUUCAGGUUUUCUAUACAGGAAUGUGUGACUCAAUUAGGAUAUAUCUCAAGACUUAAAUCCCUGGUCGAUGGAAUUCGAGUCCUUCAACAGAAAGAAAACGGCUUAUAUCUAUCUGCAUUGGUCCUUGAGCUUGCAAGGAAACAAGGGUUUAUGAGAGUCCUUUUGGAGGAACUUUCCUCUUUUGACCGUGAAUUCAAAGACAUCCUUAUACCACUACUUUUUGAACAUUUCUAUAAUCCCAGUGAGGAAAACAAUAGUGUCUAUGUUAGCAGCUCCUACAUGCCGCUUAGGACUUCGGAAGAUAUAAAUCUAUUUAAACAGCUUUUCACUGAAGAUAUAGUAAGAAACAUGAAAAGGAUCUCUGGUUCCAGUAAGGUAGAGAAGUUUCUCGACAAGGGAAAGGAUGAAGGUACUAAGAAAGUUCCAAGGAUAAGCAGAGAGGAGUUUGAAAAAACAGACCUAAAAGAUAGAGAGGCAUUCUUUAAGAACUUCUGCUUUCUUGGAUCUCCAAGUAUAUCCCAUUUCCUUACAUACUUAGAGAUUUACAAGGAACGCUUUGUACUCAACAAAGAAGAUCAGAAAUUAUUUAUCUCGAUUUUCUUUGAGAUAUUUGAAGGCCUUGAGUCUUUCUGCCGGAUAGUUACUGAGAAGAUGGUCCGGUUCGGAAUUAUAGAUCCUGCGCUGACGGCGAAUCCUGGGACCAAUCCAGCCUUGUAG